AUGGAGGCCGAUGAAAUACGAAUUGCUAGUGUUUCUGAUGAGCUCUUAGAGAAAUUGGAUGUUGACCUGAGCAGUUAUUUUGACAUUGUCGGAGAAUCCGAUUCACAGGUCAGAGAUCAGAACUCCAAGGUGCUUUCGAUAUGUUCUACCAUAGAGCUAUUCUCGCCGUCGCCGCAGCUGCUAGACAGCAAACUGCGGCAUUUCAUUGAGAUUCUGCUGUAUGAGUUCAGCACUGAGUCGUUCCAAAAUUCUCCAAACAGAGUUAGAACAAGCGGGCUCAGCACUGUUCUCUACACCUUCACCAAGGUGCGUGGUUACAAAGCAGUGUCUUUGUGUCUCGAUUCUGACAUAUACCAGGUAGAGCGGGUCAUCACAUUGAUAGAGUCUUCAUUAGAUGAUUUAGAUGGUGGCUCGUGGAAAGAGAGGUAUUUUCUGCUCUUGUGGCUGUCUAUACUGAUCCUGAGUCCCUUUCCACUGGAAUCAAUCAGUACCAGUCAAGACAUUGCACCCAGAGUAUGGAAAAUUUGCCGCCACUUUCUAGGCGCUUCAGGAAAAGAAGCCGAUGUUGCCCCUUUGUUAACAGCAAGGAUGAUAUCGAGAGUUGACUGUAGCGUUUAUCUAUCUGAGUUCUACGAAGAACUGGAGAGACUGGCCGAUAAGAUGUUGGCCUCGGAGCAAGUCGGUUACUUGUCUACGCUCAAUUCGCUUCUCAAAAUUGCGAGAACCGAUCAAAUACGAGAGUAUACCGACUUACAUCUUCGAAGUGUCAUAAGCUUGUCAAAGCGUAAAGAUCUGUUGACUACCACACUGAAGCUCUGCAUCAAAAACCUUGGCAAGCUAGGCAAGCUAUUUGCACUUCUAGAAGAGAUGGAGCAAGUUGAAGAUGCACUUGACACUUUAUUGCAACAUGUGGGACACAAGCAAACCAUCAUAAGGUCAUGUGUAUCAAGACAGAUUGCAAAAAUUUCAAUUUAUUUGCCUUUGGAGUUCAAAACCGAGGUAUUCUCAAUGUUGGUAUCCGAGCUCGAGAUACCACAGGAGAACAUUGAGAUGGAGAGCAUAGCUCUGGACUUGCCAGUUGAUCAGGAACUGCUAAAUGUGGAAACGUAUCAUGGAAUUCUCUUAACAAUUGCCGAGUUUGCCAGAUUCCAAAUUUUGCAGAGUGAAUGGCUUCCAUUCACUGCCUCUCUCUUGCACAAAACGCUCUUUGUCGAGCAGCACCAACUCUCACAUACCACUGGAUCGAGCGUUCGGGAUUCUUCGUGCUUCAUUGCCUGGUCGAUAAGUAAAAAGAGUCACAUUAUUCCAACUGCUGCCUCUGUGCAGAUGUUCAAAGACUUAGUGCUGACCGCCUGCUACGACCAAGACUUAAUGAUCAGAAGAGCUGCAGCUGCUGCUUUACAAGAGCUCGUGGGAAGACAUGGGGAUGAAAUUCUUUCCAAUUUGCUUCCAAAGUCUAAACAUAAUGAGUUUAAGGUGAAAUUGAUUGAGAUGUUGGACUUCACCGCAUUGGGCUUAGUUUCACGGUCAUUUGCGAUUUCUGUCAGCAUCGUCAAGACUCUGGACGGUCUCAUGCUCCACGACUUUUGGGACUUUCUAUCGCUCAAAGGAAUAUACGCAAAUGAACACGAGUUCAGACGUUUAUCCGCUGCUACAUUGCCUUUACUUGCUACUACUUCUGAUGAGGAUCUAUGUCAAAAUUUGCUAACAUCGUUGGUGGCUCGGGUGCGAUCAAACCCUGAGCGUGGACAAUACUAUACCAUAGCAGAACUAUCGUCUUCAGCCCAAUUGGCAGAGCGUGAUGUCCAAAUACUGUUUGAUGUUUUGAUCACUGAGACAUUUGAUUUCCACAAAGAUCCAUUCUACAAAGGAGAAGAGAUUUUAUACCUGCUCUCUGUCUUAAUGAGAGCUCGCUCAUGCGAUCUUGAUGCUCGAUUGUAUGAUCUAAUUUUCGAGAUUAUUCGCUUACCACACGAGGCAAUCGUUGAGAAGUUUCUAAUGCUAGCCUCUACUCUUUCUAGCAUUCCAAAGAGGUACCAAGAGAAGUGGAUCUAUUACAUCAGACACAACAAUGUUCCUGCCGCAAGGGCCAUUGGGAGUUCACCGGUGAUAGCUCAGAGGUUCGACGAUAUACUGGACAUGAUAUCUGACGAAACGCUUGACACAACCAUGAGGGCCAAUUUACUGAAGUCAGUAUCUUGUUUUCUAAAAAACGAUAAUGUUGUUAAAGAUGACCAAUUAUGCAGACUGACUGAGAGUCUUGAUGAUUAUACAACCACCAAACAGGGUGAUGUGGGCCACGUUAUACGGCUAACAAUGCUCCAAGUUAUCUCUGAUAAUCUGCCACUAUUCAAGAACAACGACUCCCUUUGUCGGAUUGUGGAGCUUAAGACAUUGAGACUUGCAUGCGAAGUGAUUGACAAAGUGAAAUACAAUGCUCUAAGCGUUCUCCUUCGACUCAAAUCUUGGGAUGUCAAAUAUGCUUCUUUUGAUUCUUCACCAAUAGACUCAGCUUUUGUGGACAACGAAAAAUAUUUUAUGUUCCUGUUUGGUGUCUUCCAUCAGGAGUAUCUUCACAAUGACGAAGAGUCUAUUAUGAAGUUCAUGCAAGGUUAUAGUUUUUCUGCAGGUGCCAUGCACGCCAGUGAUCUUACAGUGAACACCUCUUUCAGACCGUUUUUGCAUUAUAUGGAGAAGGUUUUUUCUGAUGAAGAACGCAAACUAGUGCUUGAUUGCCUCUUAAAAAUAUUAAAACCGGAAUCCAAAAAAGAAAAGUUUGGAAGAUAUGCCAAAUUGCAAACUUCAUGUCUUCAGCUAUGGGUUAGGAUCCUAGACUUCAAUGUCAGCAUACCCAUUGAGUUCAACUUACGGGGACUUUUCAUUCGUUCUUACAAUUUGCAUAUCAAAACUUCGCAAUUUCAAAGGAUUUCUAUCGCGAUAGAGAUAUUUGCUCAUCUCUACCUAAUUGACAAGGAGGCCUUCGCAGACUGUCAGAAGAGACUGGUAUGGAUAUCAGGAAACCACCCCUUAACGAAGGCCAGACUAUCUGCUCAAAAAGCCCUGUUGGAAAUUGAAAAUAGCUGA